AUGAAACUUAACUCAUACUUAAAAUUGGCGUCAUAUGCCGCAUUAUUCUCCAUGUCACAGGCCGCUCCAGCAUUGAUAACGAGAACACAUACUGCUCCGGCAGUCACCCAUUGGGUUACAUACACGAGUAACACUGUUGUGAAGGUUGUUACUGCGCAAGAUACUGAGAACAACGCCCCACCGGCCGCACCUACUCCAGAAGCUGAGCCACAAGAUGGACAACAAGAUGACCAACAGAAAGAAGCUACGACUUCCACUCAAGCUGAUGACCAAGCUCAAAACACUGUUCCAGCCACCAGUCCACAAACAACCCAAGAAACCACUCCAACCACUCAACAAACCACUCCUCAAACCACCCAAGACAACACUCCAACCACUCAACAAACCACUACUUCUUCUACCCAAGAUAACACACCAACCACUCAACAAACCACUACUUCUUCUACCGAAGCACCUUCCACCCCUACCACUUUGAGUACCUCAACCUCAGGUACCUCCACUUCUUCCACUUCGACCUCUGGAUCGACCGCAUCCUCCGGAUUCGAAGCUGACAUCUUGAACGCACAUAACGAGAAGAGAGCCCUCCACGGUAUUCAAUCUUUAGCUUGGAAUGAUACUUUAGCCAAGUAUGCUGCUGACUACGCCUCUUCUACAUUCUCGUGCAACAACGUUAAAUUAGUUCACUCAAAUGGUCCUUACGGUGAAAACUUGGCUGCUGGUUACUCCGGUGGCUAUAAGCCAGUCGACGCUUGGUACGACGAAAUUAAGCAAUAUGACUUCAGUAACCCUGGUUUCAAUGAAGCUACUGGACACUUUACUCAAUUAGUCUGGAAAUCAACUAGUCAAGUUGGUUGUGCUAAAGUCACUUGUGACAACUCUUGGAGUCAAUACACAAUUUGUGAAUACUCCAACACUAGAGGUAAUGUCGUUGGUACAGACUCCAAGACAGGUAAGAGUUACUUCUCCGAAAAUGUUUUAAAACCAAUUGAUUAA